CACUAACGGCGUUUUCAGAUGCCGUCUAAAACUCUCUUUCUCUCUCUCUAAUCUCAAGGAGAAGAAUCACAAAUUCACAAUCUUUUCUCACUCUACUUUCUCUCUACAGCUCCACCACCAACCACCGCUCGCCGCCGCCUCCUGCCGGAUGCGCUCCGAACUAGCGGUGAGUUCGGGCUAGCAGAAUAUUCCAGUAGUAUUUGCUGUAUGCAUGUGAAGAAGCAUGGGUUCUGCAUGUUGUGUAGCUGCAAGAGAUAGAACCAUAUCAAAUGGAGCAACCAGUGAAAAUUUGCAUCGAAAUCUCAGGUAUUCUCCAUCAUGGAGUUUCCGAUGGGAUAAUAGGAGACGAGUAGCUGGGGAAGAGACAUCUAUGAAUUGGUCUUCUGAUGGAGCUAGUGUCAAUGACAGACUGGAAUUUAAGUCAGGGACAACUGCGGAAACAGGAUGUCCAUCUGUAGAUGGAAGCCCUUUGGAUAGUUUCAGGUCGUUUGCAUGGCAAAAGUCACCCACUUCUGAAAUAAAUAUGGGACGUUCGGUUCAACCUUCAUCAGAUAUAUUGGUGGGUAGGAAUUCUACAGAGGUAAGAGAGACACUAGAAACUCCUGCAGUAUCAUUUCCAUCUCCCAGAAAACUGUCCCAAUCAGCACAGUCGGUCUCUUCUCUUUCUAUGUCACCGUUGUCAUCGCACAGUCAAGUGCCUCUUGCUAAUUUUACUCCAUCAAGGAUGCCUCAUCACUCUCCUGGUUUGAGCAAUGAAUCUACACGAGGAUCAUUUGGCGGAUCAUCAGAUGCAUGGUCUAUUCCAUCCUUUCCUGAAUUCCUGGCAAGAGGGAGAUUGUCAUUUGAUAGUGAAAACUUUGGCUUCAAUCGUGAUAAAGGUAUUGUUCGAGCUCCAAACAGUUCCAAAGCAUCGAGAUCCUGCAGAAGAAGUUCUCAUUCUCACUCACUCGAUUUGCGAACCUGCGGCAUAUGUGCAAAUUUGCUAACUGAAACAUCUUCAUGGGGUACUCAGAAAUUUUUUAUAGCCUGUAACGAACUGGCUGUUGUUUCUGUUCUGACUUGUGGGCAUGUUUUCCAUGCCGAUUGCCUGGAGAAUAUGACAUCUGAAACCAACAAGUACGAUCCGGCUUGCCCUGUGUGUACUUUUGGGGAGAAGCAUGCGUCCAAGAUGUUUGAGAAAUCACUGAAAGCUGAGAUGGAUUUAAAAGGUAGAAGGAAAGGCAAGAAUAAAGUUGUUGACAGUCAUUUUAGCGGAAACCUUUCUGUAUCAGACCAUCAGAAAAGUAGUGGACGCGCGGGCAGGUACACCAAGUUGAGCUCCAGUUCUAGUUUGAGAAAUUAUUCAUCAGGGAAGGCGGCCUUCCUAAGGCGCCAUUUUUCGUUUGGAUCAAAGGACGACACCAGAGCCUUGACCGAGAGUGUUUCCACUCGUAAGAGAAUCCCUUUCUGGGCAAAAUCUAGCAGAGAGUAAGCUUCAUCUUGGAGAUUAUAGAUGCUUUGUGGACCAACCAUGCCUUCCUCUUCUGUGGCUAAGGGUAACCUUUUGAGCUCAGGGUCUCAACGCCACCCCGUUUUUAUUAAUUAAGCCCUCCCUAAGGGACAGUAGUAUUCCACUAGCAGGGACAUAGGCUAGCUUUUGAAGGUACACUGUAAAGCACAGAGGGGUGGUGGACUGGUGGUGGUAAUAUAUAAAGGGAAAUGCUCAAGUCACCCUAACUCUUACCCCAGCCUACUUACAGACAGUGAGUAACAAAUGCCUCCAUAUAUAAAAGAUUCAAAAAAAAAACCAGUUUGACUACAAGGAAAUUGAGAGUUGUCAUUUAUGUGUGUAUAUUCAACUCUGCAAUUGGAUUGUUUCAUGCUUUGAUGAAUUUGAUCUGAAGUGCUUUAAUUUAUUCUCAAGAUUACUUGUGCUUGUGUUUU